UUGUCAAGCGCUCCCUUUAGAGAGGAGAAGCACCUCUGAAAAUCUGCCUGAAAACAGACGAUCAGGAGACUUGACGAAAGCAGCCAUGAGCAUCACCUAUGAUGUCAUUGUCAUCGGAGGAGGCAUCUCAGGCCUUUCAGCUGCUAAACUGCUUGCCGAGUCAGGACUUAGUGUUGUGGUGCUAGAAGCUCGUGACAGAGUUGGUGGAAGAACCCACACAAUACAUAACAAACAAGUGAAGUAUGUCGAUCUUGGUGGGUCAUAUGUGGGGCCAACCCAAAAUCGCAUCUUGCGGAUGGCAAAGGAGUUGGGCGUACAGACGUACAAAGUGAAUGUCAAUGGACUUCUCAUCGAACAUGUUAAGGGUAAAUCUUACAAAUUUCGAGGCGCCUUUCCACCUGCAUAUAAUCCUUUGGUUCUUCUGGAUUAUAACAAUUUUAUGAGAACAAUGGAUCAAUGGGGUAGUGAGAUUCCUGCAGAGGCUCCGUGGAAAGCCCCUCGUGCUGCAGAUUGGGACAGGAUGUCAAUGAAGCAGUUUAUAGAAAAGGUGUGCUGGACAAGUUCAGCAAGACUGUUUGCACAACUGUUCGUGAAUCUGGUUAUAACUUCCGAGACUCAUCAGGUUUCUGCGCUAUGGUUCCUUUGGUAUGUAAAGCUUUGUGGGGGAACCGGAAGAGUUUUCUCAACAGAGAAUGGAGGACAGGAGAGGAAGUUUGUUGGAGGGUCUGGUCAAAUAAGUGAGAAAAUAAUGGAACGUCUACAAGAUCGAGUAAAAUUGGAAAGGCCAGUUGUCAGGCUUGACCAGUCUGGUGAUGUUGUCCUUGUGGAAACCUUAAAUCAUGAAAUUUAUCAGGGCAAGUAUGUUAUCAGUGCUAUACCACCAGUUCUUACUACACAAAUCCACUUUAAACCAGAGCUCCCGGCAGUCAGGAAUCAGUUAAUCCAGCGUCUUCCAAUGGGAUCUGUUAUUAAAUGUAUGGUCUACUACAAAGAAGCAUUUUGGAAGAAAAUGGGCUACUGUGCAUGCAUGAUAAUUGAAGAUGAGGAUUCCCCUAUUGGAUACACAUUGGAUGACACAAAGCCUGAUGGAUCUGUACCUGCUAUUAUAGGUUUCAUUGCCGCUAGAAAAGCAACAGCAAUGGCAAACCUAAGCAAGGAAGAGAGAAAAAGAAAAAUUUGUGAGUACUACGCUAAAGUGAUGGGCACCGAAGAAGCAUUACAUCCUGUCCACUAUGAAGAGAAGGACUGGUCUAAGGAGCAGUAUUCGGGAGGGUGUUAUACAGCAUAUUUUCCACCAGGAAUUAUGACUCAGUAUGGGAGUGUAAUCCGCCAACCCGUUGGAAGGGUUUUCUUUGCUGGCACAGAGACUGCUACUGUAUGGAGUGGAUACAUGGAGGGAGCUAUUCAAGCAGGUGAAAGAGCAGCCAGAGAGGUAAUGUCCAAGAUGGGCCUUAUUGCUGAAGAUGAAAUCUGGAAGGAUGAACCUGAAUCUGUGGAUGUUCCAGCACUGCCAUUUACUACAACAUUUUUGGAGAGAAAUCUGCCAUCUGCUCAAGGAUUACUGAGGUUCAUUGGCUGUUCUGUUUUUAUUUCGAUGGCUGCUGCAGUAGGAGUGUUCGCAGUCAAGAAGGGUUAUGUAACUCUGAAGUGACCUACUUAAAAUGUUUCUGUGUAGGCAAUGCGAUUUAGAUUGUAAGUCAAACUCUGAAUGUGUAUCUAGUAUUGUAAUGCAUGUGAAAACAAAUGUGGGAAAGACACAUGAAUCCCUUAGACAUUUAUUCACUAAGCUGUGAAAUUCCAGCUAAGGUGCUGAGUUGAAACAUCUCACCAUGAUAUUAAAUGCCUGUCUCUUCUGCAAAAUGGCCCAAGCCGCCCCUGCAUAAUGCAUAGUUAAAUGCACAAUAUCACUUAUCUAACUUUGCAUUAUUCUAAACAAGUAUAUAAUCUUAAAUUAAGAGGUAGAGUCAUAAAAAAACAUUCAUGAGAUCAUUCACAUAUAAACUCCAUUAGACUUACCUGCAGCCUCACAAUUUAGUGAAAAAACCUUUCAUAUAUUACUAAUGAGACCUUACAAAAACCUAUUGCAUGUUGCCUCAUGUGUUGUUCUAGCUAUUAAUAUAGACAAGAUAAUUGUAUUUUCCAAACAGUAGUAAAUUUAAACUGUUUACUGAACUGACAGAUAUUGAUUGUAUCUUCGAAUCUUCGAUAAAAAUGCUUCAAUGUUGACCUGUAUGAAAGAAUGAUGCUUAAUUAAAGUAGUUUUUACAAAA